UCCUAUCGCCAACACACAAUGCUCUGGAUUUAUCCUGCAACCUUCGGUUCUGCCUAUACUCUCAUCCUCAAGUCAAUGCCAAGCCUUACCGAUAUAAGAGCAAGGCCACCACGAGCCAUGCAUUUCUCAUUCCUCCGAGUCGUCGCAGUCGUCACAGCUUUGACAAGAUCUAUGUCUGUCACCGCCUCACAGUGUGCAAGUUUAGGCCAGGCUUGUGGCACGACCAACCCGACAGGUCUUAUAUGUUGCGAUGAUCUUUUCUUCGUUCGCUUUGCAUCCAAAAUUCAACCCCACGACUCACCUUUGCGUCUUGUACCAAUAGGAGUCCGGAAGUUCUUCCACAUACUGCGGGGAACCUGACUCUUUCGCGUUGGCAAUGCUUGAUCGCACGAUAUACAGUUCGUUGCGGAGUUGAUGGAUGUGCUCACUUUUAUACAAAUUUUCCGGACGCCUCGACCACACUCCUGAAAAAAUUACUGUAGCGUUGAUAGAAGACCUCGGGCUUAGGCCUCAUGUCAUUCGACUUGUGUACGUUUUGCAUCAGUAAAAGUAGAAGAAAAUUGGUGUCUUCAGCCAACAUCGAAGUAGGUGUACGUGACAUUGAAGAUGAAGGGGCUGGUGUCGAGGCAUUGGAACAAGAACUAGAAAACAAGGUGGUGAAACAAG